AUGCGGGACCCGCGGGGCGCCGUCAGUUCCUGCAGCAGCAGCCGCCGCCGCCCUGCAGCAGCAGCCGCCGCCGGGCCUGCAGCAACACACGCCGCCGCCCUGCAGCAGCAGCCGCCGCCGGGCCUGCAGCAACAGACGCCGCCGCCCUGCAGCAGCAGCCGCCGCCAGGCCUGCAGCAGCAGCCGCCGCCAGAGCCUGCAGCAGCAGCCACCGCCAGAGCCUGCAGCAGCAGCCACCGCCAGAGUCUGCAGCAGCAGCCGCCGCAAGAGCCUGCAGCAGCUGCCGCCACCGAUCCAACAGCAGCAGCCGCCGCCGCUCUGCCGCAGCAGCCACCGCCACCCAGCAGCAGCAGCCGCCGCCCUGCAGCAGCAGCCGCCGCCAGGCCUGCAGCAGCAGCCGCCGCCAGAGCCUGCAGCAGCAGCCACCGCCAGAGAUUGCAGCAGCUGCCGCCCCUGGACCCGGUACGCUCUGUGCUGCCCUGCCUGUGCUGCCCUGUACUGCCCUGCCUGUGCUGCCCUGUACUGCCCUGCCUGUGCUGCCCUGCCUGUGCUGCCCUGUGCUGCCCUGCCUGUGCUGCCCUGUGCUGCCCUGCCUGUUGCUGCCCGUGCUUGUGCUGCCCGUGCCUGUGCUGCCCGUGCCUGUGCUGCUUGUGCCUGUUGCUGCCCGUGCCUGUGCUGCCCGUGCCUGUUGCUGCCCGUGCCUGUUGCUGCCCGUGCCUGUGCUGCCCGUGCCUGUGCUGCCCGUGCCUGUGCUGCCCGUGCUUGUGCUGCCCGUGCCUGUGCUGCCCGUGCCUGUGCUGCUCGUGCCUGUGCUGCCCGUGCCUGUGCUGCCCGUGCCUGUGCUGCCCGUGCCUGUGCUGCCUGUGCCUGUUGCUGCCCGUGCCUGUGCUGCCCGUGCCUGUGCUGCCCGUGCCUGUUGCUGCCCGUGCCUGUGCUGCCCGUGCCUGUGCUGCCCGUGCCUGUGCUGCCCGUGCCUGUGCUGCCCGUGCCUGUUGCUGCCCGUGCCUGUGCUGCCCGUGCCUGUGCUGCCCGUGCCUGUGCUGCCCGUGCCUGUGCUGCCCGUGCUUGUGCUGCCCGUGCCUGUGCUGCCCGUGCCUGUGCUGCCUGUGCUUGUUGCUGCCCGUGCCUGUGCUGCCCGUGCCUGUGCUGCCCGUGCCUGUGCUGCCCGUGCCUGUUGCUGCCCGUGCCUGUGCUGCCCGUGCCUGUGCUGCCCGUGCCUGUGCUGCCCGUGCUUGUGCUGCUCGUGCCUGUGCUGCCCGUGCCUGUGCUGCUCGUGCCUGUGCUGCCCGUGCCUGUGCUGCCCGUGCCUGUGCUGCCCGUGCCUGUGCUGCCUGUGCCUGUUGCUGCCCGUGCCUGUGCUGCCCGUGCCUGUGCUGCCUGUGCCUGUUGCUGCCCGUGCCUGUGCUGCCCGUGCCUGUGCUGCCCGUGCCUGUGCUGCCCGUGCCUGUGCUGCCCGUGCCUGUUGCUGCCCGUGCCUGUGCUGCCCGUGCCUGUGCUGCCCGUGCCUGUGCUGCCCGUGCCUGUGCUGCCCGUGCCUGUGCUGCCCGUGCCUGUGCUGCCCGUGCCUGUGCUGCCCGUGCUUGUGCUGCUCGUGCCUGUGCUGCCCGUGCCUGUGCUGCUCGUGCCUGUGCUGCCCGUGCCUGUGCUGCCCGUGCCUGUGCUGCCCGUGCCUGUGCUGCCUGUGCCUGUUGCUGCCCGUGCCUGUGCUGCCCGUGCCUGUGCUGCCUGUGCCUGUUGCUGCCCGUGCCUGUGCUGCCCGUGCCUGUGCUGCCCGUGCCUGUGCUGCCCGUGCCUGUGCUGCCCGUGCCUGUUGCUGCCCGUGCCUGUGCUGCCCGUGCCUGUGCUGCACGUGCCUGUGCUGCCCGUGCCUGUGCUGCCCGUGCCUGCGCUGCCCGUGCCUGUGCUUCCCGUGCCUGUGCUGCCUGUGCCUGUUGCUGCCCGUGCCUGUGCUGCCCGUGCCUGUGCUGCCCGUGCCUGUGCUGGCCGUGCCUGUUGCUGCCCGUGCCUGUGCUGCCCGUGCCUGUGCUGCCCGUGCCUGUGCUGCCCGUGCCUGUUGCUGCCCGUGCCUGUGCUGCCCGUGCCUGUGCUGCCCGUGCCUGUGCUGCCCGUGCCUGUGCUGCCCGUGCCUGUGCUGCCCGUGCCUGUGCUGCCCGUGCCUGUGCUGCCCGUGCUUGUGCUGCUCGUGCCUGUGCUGCCCGUGCCUGUGCUGCUCGUGCCUGUGCUGCCCGUGCCUGUGCUGCCCGUGCCUGUGCUGCCCGUGCCUGUGCUGCCUGUGCCUGUUGCUGCCCGUGCCUGUGCUGCCCGUGCCUGUGCUGCCUGUGCCUGUUGCUGCCCGUGCCUGUGCUGCCCGUGCCUGUGCUGCCCGUGCCUGUGCUGCCCGUGCCUGUGCUGCCCGUGCCUGUUGCUGCCCGUGCCUGUGCUGCCCGUGCCUGUGCUGCACGUGCCUGUGCUGCCCGUGCCUGUGCUGCCCGUGCCUGCGCUGCCCGUGCCUGUGCUUCCCGUGCCUGUGCUGCCUGUGCCUGUUGCUGCCCGUGCCUGUGCUGCCCGUGCCUGUGCUGCCCGUGCCUGUGCUGGCCGUGCCUGUUGCUGCCCGUGCCUGUGCUGCCCGUGCCUGUGCUGCCCGUGCCUGUGCUGCCCGUGCCUGUUGCUGCCCGUGCCUGUGCUGCCCGUGCCUGUGCUGCCCGUGCCUGUUGCUGCCCGUGCCUGUGCUGCCCGUGCCUGUGCUGCCCGUGCCUGUGCUGCCCGUGCCUGUUGCUGCCCGUGCCUGUGCUGCCCGUGCCUGUGCUGCCCGUGCCUGUGCUGCCCGUGCCUGUUGCUGCCCGUGCCUGUGCUGCCCGUGCCUGUGCUGCCCGUGCCUGUGCUGCCCGUGCCUGUGCUGCCUGUGCCUGUUGCUGCCCGUGCCUGUGCUGCCCGUGCCUGUGCUGCCCGUGCCUGUUGCUGCCCGUGCCUGUGCUGCCCGUGCCUGUUGCUGCCCGUGCCUGUGCUGCCCGUGCCUGUGCUGCCCGGUACCAGGAAGGGGAGGCAUAGGAAGAAGGACACAGCAGAGGAGGAGCGGGUGAAAGGACACAGCGUAGGAAAGGCUCGUGAAAAGCAGACCAGGAGGGGGCCGGGGGGCGGAGGUCUUGGGGACUGUGACAAGCUAGUCGGCCAACACUAA